CAUGUUCCUUCAUAUUCAUCACCCCCAAAAAUCCACUCAGCAUCCAACAUAUUAUAAAUUAUAAAUAUAAUUAUAAAAAUCAACCUUCAUCAAAUCAAAUCCAUAAUCGUAUCCAAAUCAUAAUAAUCAUGGGCGACCCAAUAAUCUCAUCGGUAAUUACACAACUAAUGGAAAGAUCAACAUCAUUAGCAACCCAAGAUUUUGCAGUAUUAUGGGGUCUUAAAUCUGACUUAAAAUCAUUACGCACAAUCUUUACACAAAUACAAUCUGUACUUGCAGAUGCUGAAACAAAACAAAGAAAAAACAUCCACUUACAAAACUGGUUAAGGAAACUAAGAACUGUUUCAUUCGAAGUUGAAAAUGUUUUAGAAGAGGUUUCAACGGAAGCUUUACUAAGGAGACUUCAUGUGGAAAGAGGUAUUAAAAAUAAUUUAAGUACUUUUUUUUCGGCAACGAACCCGCUUCAGUUUCGUAUUAAUAUGGUACGAAAAGUGAAGCGGGUUAAAGAAAGAUUGGAACUUAUCGCGUUGGAACGCGAUAAGUUCGAGUUAAUUGAAGGUGUUGUUGGAAAAUUAGAUGAUUUUUGUAGCUAUAAUAAUAAUGUGGAUAUUGGGAAUCUUGUAUUUAGUGAUAACAUUGAUAAUAUAGAGUUGGUUAUAGGUAGAGAUAUGGAUAAGGAAUGUAUUGUUGAUAAGAUAUGUAGUGAUUUCGAUAUCGUAGAUCAUGAUUUUGAAAAUGUGGAUAAUGUGAAUGUUAGUGUGUGUGUGGUUUGGGGUGUGGGGGGAGUGGGUAAGACGACGUUUGUUGAAACGGUGUAUAAGGAUUUAAGGGUAGGAAAGGUGUUUGAUUUGAAAAUGUGGGUACGUGGGUCGGGUGAAUUUAGUGCUGUGAGGUUGUUUAGGGAGGUUUUGAAGUCGGUAGAGGGAGGUGAUUUGGGGGAUAUGGAGUGUCUGGAAGUGGGAACGUUGAGACGACGUGUGGAGGAGAGGUUAGGUGGAAGGAGGUUUCUUUUGGUUUUGGAUGAUGUUGGGAAAAUUGGGAGUAAAGCGGAUUGGGACGGGUUGAUGGAAGGGUUAAGGUGUGGAAGUAGAGGGAGUGUGGUAUUGGUGACUAGUAGGAGUGUUGAAGUUGCGGAUAUGAUGGGGACGGAUUGUAAGUUGGUGUAUCCGUUGGGAUGCUUAUCAGAAGAUGAUUCUUGGAAUCUGUUUAGACGUUAUGCUUUUGACGAGCGGAAGGUUUUGGAUGGCAUAGAGUUUGAGAGGAUUGGAAAAGAAAUAGUGAAGAAAUGUGAAGGCUUGCCUUUAGCAUUGAAGGUUGUAGGAAGUUUGAUGUGUAUCAAAAGUAGCGUAAAUGAGUGGUUGUCACUGUGGGAAAGUGAAGUUUGGGACUCGACAGACGAGGGUGGUAGUAAUGUCUUGCCGUCUUUGAAGUUAAGCUAUGACAAUUUGCCACCACAUAUGAGACAAUGUUUUGCUUUGUGUUCGAUAUUUCCAAAAGACCAUGAAAUGGAUAAACAGUUGUUGGUUGAGCUUUGGGUGGCUUAUGGUUUUGUUCCGUCCAGAGGAGAUGCUGACUUGUAUGAUUUGGGCGAAGAGAUUUUCAAUGCUUUGGUUUGGAGGUCUUUCUUGCAAGAUGUCAAAGAAUGCAUCUAUGAAGGUACUACUACGUGUAAAAUGCACGAUGAAAUGCAUGCCCUUGCACAAUCUGUUAUGAAAUAUGAAUGUUCAAGUGUAAUGUCUGGUGAAGUACUAAAAUUCCCGGAAGAGGUACUUCAUUUGUCUUCUAAUGAUAUAUUAAAUCUGUCAAAUGAGGUGAUGGCGAAAGCAAAAUCCUUACGAUCAUUAGUUACUUUAGGCGGUGUUUCAAGGAUUCCUACCCCUGACUACAUCUUUGAGCAGAGGUAUCUUAGAGUGCUACAUUUAGGGUCAAGUUCUGAUAUGCUAACAGAUUUGCCAGAAUCAGUUGGAAAUCUAAAAUUUCUUAGGUAUCUUAAUGUCUCACGCUCAAAAAUAGUUGUUUUACCUAACUCCAUCGUUCAACUCCAAAACCUGCAAACUUUGAAACUGACUUUUUGUGAACAUCUCUGUGAGUUACCUGAAGGUAUCAGAUACAUGAGAAAUCUUCGAGAUUUGAAUAUACAUGGAUGUUGCUCACUUGAUCACAUGCCACAUGGAAUGGGACAGUUACGACACCUAAGAAGACUUAGUACAUUUCUUGUGGGUCAGGGGGUCCAAAUAAGCGAGCUGCAAGAUUUGAAUCAUUUAGGAGGAGAGUUUAGCAUAAAGGGACUUACGAAUGUAAGAAAUUCAAUUCAAGCGGAGAGUGCUAACUUGAAGAAGAAACAAAAUAUAAAUUGCUUGAAUCUAUCCUGGAGUUCAAAGGAUGGCAGUGAAGACCACAACCACUCACCGGCAGAAGAGGUUUUAGAGGCUCUUCAACCCCAUUUGAAUUUAAAGAUGCUAACGAUCUCUGAUUAUCAAGGCUCACGGUUUCCAGAUUGGAUGGCAAGUUUGGUCAAUCUUGUUAGUAUUACGUUUGAAGGCUGCAGAAGAUGUGAAGACCUUCCUGCCCUUGGAAAACUACCCUUCCUUAAGGUUCUUGAACUAAAAGAAAUGGAUGUUCUAGAAUAUCUGGAUAAUGAAGAACCCGAGGAUGAAGACUUAUUUCCUUGUUUGGAGAAAAUGGUCAUCAAUGACUGCCCAAAUUUGAUUAAACUGCCUUAUAUUCCGAAACUGAAUUUGUUGCAUAUAAUUGGAAGUAAUGUGAUGAUUUUUAGAUCAGUUGGGAAGCUCACUAGUCUUACCUGUCUUGAGAUCGAGGGGUUCAAAGAGAUGAAGUUGCUUCCGGAUGACAUGCUUAGCAAUUUAACAGCUUUGGAGGAAAUGCAUGUGUGGGGUUGCCCGAGUCUGAGGAGAUUACCACAUGGGAUACAAAAUCUUGAAGCACUCAAAUCUCUGGUGAUUGGGGAUUGUGAAUUAUUGGCAUUAAGGUGUGAGAAAGAGGUAGGUGUGGAUUGGUCCAAAAUUGCUCAUUGUCCCUAUAUAAAGAUCGAUGAUCAAGUAAUACAAGUCUUGUGACAACUGAUUCAGUAAAGUGCUUCGUAAUUCAGGCAAUUACUAGAUUUUUAGGUCUGCCAGGAAGCUCACUGUGAAACCUAAAAUUUGGGUUUCAAAGAGACGAAAUUGCUUCCAGAUGACAGGCAUGCCAUAUUAACAGGUCUGCAGGAAAAACAAGUGCAUGCAUGAGAGGCAAGAGCCCUCCAAUAGCCAAGCCAAAGUGAUAUAGUUAUUAAAUUCGUCUAUACAAAUUUUUGAUUGUUGUUCGUUUACUUCAUUUUCAACUUUGGUUGUAAACGUUAAAACACCGCAAUGCUUAUGUAUCAUAAUGAAUAAAUAAUAAAAUCAAAUUGUAGUUCUGGUGCC